AUGCCGACCGAAAACUUGGAAGAGGAGAGUUUGGCAAAGAACCCCAACCUCGAGUUGGCCCAGUGGUUCUUCCUGUUGACCAUCGAUAACAAUGCCGCAAUUCGCCAGAAGCUUCUUGAUGCUAUUCGCGAGAACAACAUGGCUCCUUUUUACAAGCACGUUUGCGAGACGCUCAAGUGGCCUCUGAAUGAGGAAAUCUACAACAACAUGAAGGCAAAGAAUGAUGAAAAGCUAAAGGCAAUUGAUUUCACCAUUGAAGAUGCGGAGAAAAACUUGGGUGAAAUGGAAGUUCGCGAGGCGAAUCUCGCCAAAGCUGAGUAUUACAGCUUGAUUGGCGACAAGGAGAAUUCCCUUUCGGCUUUCCGCAAAACCUACGAAAAGACGGUCUCACUAGGACAUCGUCUUGAUCUUCUAUUUCACAUUAUCCGCAUUGGUCUGUUCUAUCUCGACCACAAGCUCAUCUCUACCAACAUUGAUAAGGCUCGAGAGCUGAUUGAGGAGGGUGGCGACUGGGAUCGUCGAAAUCGCCUUCGUGUCUACCAGGGCUUUUACUGCAUCACCAUUCGUGACUUCAGCAAGGCGGCUUCCCUCUUCUUGGACACCAUCUCCACUUUCACCUGCUACGAGCUGUGCGACUACAAGACUUUUGUCUCGUACACCGUCAUCUGUUCAAUGAUUUCUCUGCCUCGUGUUGAACUGCGCAAGAGUGUGAUCAAGGGAGCAGAGAUUCUGGAGGUCCUGCACGGCAGUCCCGAGUUGCACUCGUACUUGUUUUCACUCUACGAAUGCAACUACAGCAAAUUCUUUGAAAUGCUGCGCUGGAUUGAGGAGUUCAUGAAGCGCGAUCGUCUCUUUCAGCCUCACUAUCGCUACUACAUUCGCGAGAUGCGCAUCCUCGCCUACAACCAACUGCUGGAGUCGUACCGAAGCCUGGAGCUGAAGUACAUGGCCAAUGCUUUCGGCGUUACGGUGCCCUUUAUUGACCAGGAGCUGGCGCGCUUCAUCGCCGCCGGUCGACUGCACUGCAAGAUCGAUAAGGUGAACGGCAUCGUGGAGACGAACCGCCCCGACGCCAAGAACCACCAGUACCAGUCGUGCAUCAAGCACGGCGAUAUGCUCCUCAACCGAAUUCAAAAACUCAGCCGUGUCAUUAACAUCUAA